AUUGACAUUUUAAUAAAUAUUCUAAGUAAUUGAAUGCACGGAAAAUUGUUUUUACUAAUUUUAUAACUUAAUUUUCUUCUAAAUAAUAAUGCGUUUUUCUUGUAAAAGAGUUCCUGUUCGUUUCUGGGUAAUAGCUUUAUUGGCCCUAGCUAGAUUUUCAUUUAUGUCUAUGACACUCGGUUUCCAAGCAAGCUGGACUAUGUUUACCGAAGAAAAAAUUACCAUAAGAUAUUGGCCAUUUUGCAAGUUAUCAGAGGAGGAGAGGCAAUUUAAAACUGACUUAAAGUCUUUUGGUAUUUGGUUUAAUAUUACGAAUCCAGAUUGUGGACCUAGAUAUAAAUGGAAAGGAUCCCACAAAGCAAUCAUUGAUAACGUACAGUUAUUUGGCCAAAUGGUAGGAUCUAUACCUAGUGGUAUUUUUGUUAGCAGCGUCGGUUACCCGCUUUACUUAUUGAUAUACUGCAGCAUAGUAUUAUCGAUACUAAAUGCUUUAAGAGGAACAUUUGUUGCACUGCAGUGGGAAUUACUGCUUGUAAAUGAAUUUUUUUUAGGGGUGCAUUUAGGAGCAAGUUAUCCCGCUAUAGGUCAAUGGACAGCAAGAUGGGCUCCCACAAAUGAACGUGCGAUUUUCGAAGCGACUCAUCUGGGUAAUGCUAUUGGCUCUACCAUGAUGAAAAAAAUGUCACAUUAUCUAGGACCACAUAUCGGAUAUCGAGGACUUUAUUAUUACAAUUCAGGAUUAACGCUUAUUCUUGCUAUAUUAUGUUUUCUCGUAGGAGGGGAUGACCCAGAAACUCAUAGAUGGAUAAGCAAUGAAGAAUUACACUUAAUUAAACUUUCCCAAAGGCAAAAAGUGACGCGCACUAAAUGUUAUCCACCAUUUAAACAUAUUUUAACUUCAGCGGCAUUUUGGUCUCUUAACAUUUUAUACUUUGGAAUGAUGGUUGCUAACAUGUACUUUUUUUCGCGUGUAUUUUAUCAAUUCUUAUACGAAUUUGUUGGAAUUAAUAAAGAAACUUUGGACUUGGUUAACCUUCUUCCAUAUGCUAGUUGCGUAUUUGGAAAUAUUAUAUCGGCCGGCUUAGAUAGAUUCCUAAGAUCCAGAAACAUCACAAGCGAAAAAAUUAUAGGUCAAAUAUUUACUGUUGUAUCACACAUACUGAGUGGAGUUAUUAUUAUUAUAAUUGGAGUGGCAUAUUGUAAUGUUAUAUAUAUUAUUGCCUUGAUAACUAUUGGCUAUGCCUGUACCGGUGCUUCAGUGGUCAGCUGCUAUCGAAAUUAUCUGGAUAUUGCUCCGAAUUUCGCAGGAUUUAUGUAUGGAAUUAUGCACUUUUUUGGUGUUACCACAAGACUAAUAGUUCCCAGAUUUAUGAAUUAUGUCUUUAUGUUUAAUCGGGGUGUGCUCGGAUGGUCCAUAAUUUUUCUUUUGGGUGGUGGAUGUGUUGCGGGAACUGGCAUUAUAUACCUUUUUUUUGGAACUACAACAUGUCAAUGGUGGAAUUUGAAGCUAGCUGAUCAGUUUAGUGUAUAUAAGAAAAGAGGAUCGACCGAAGAAGAAUCUGAAGAUAAUCCUUCUCAAAAAAGUAAAGGGGUUCAAAAAGAUGAAGCCGAUAGGGCGCCAGAAAGUACGAGCUCCAAGCCAAGCACUAAAGAAGUUAAUACGCAAUCACCACCUAGUACUGAAAAAGUACCAAAGAGAAGCUUUUGGGGACGGGCGCCAGAAAGUACGAGCUCCAAGCCAAGCACUAAAGAAGUCAAUACGCAAUCACCACCUAGUACUGAAAAAGUACCAAAGAGAAGCUUUUGGGGACGGAGCUGAAAAACCCGAAAGAUGAACAAAAUCCUACUCAAAAGAUAUUGAAAAUUCACUGAAGACUAUAAAGACCUGCCCUGCAUAUAGAAACCCUAAAUGAAUUUUGGCAUAGUGUUUAAGAUACUAGUAGUGUUAAAGACCAUAAAAGAAUAUUCUAUUAUAAACUACCAAACAACACUGUUCUUAACGUUUACUUAAAUAAAUUGUACGAAAAAAAAUAAUACUUUUAUUUA